AUGAAAUCAGUAUGUAACCUCCCUUGGGUUUGGAUUGGGGACUUCAACGAAACACUUUGCACUUGGGAGAAAGUUGGUAGGAGGGAGGCUGAGAAUUACGGGAUGCAAUCUUUUAGAGAACUACUAGAGGAUUGUGAAAUGAUGGAUAUCGAGAGUAAGGGAUGCGCUUUCACCUGGUCCAACAAUAGAGAAGGGGAAAAUGUGGUGAAAAAAAGACUAGAUAGAGCUAUUUGCAAUCUUGCCUGGAGGGUUGCUUUUCCAUUAGCUAAGGCCUUUGCGUUUCUUGCAAUAGGGUUAGAUCACAGCCCCAUUUUACUUUCCUUAACCACUGAAAAAAUGAAAAGGAAGAAAUCCUUCAAAUUUGAAUUGUUUUGGCUAGAAAGCAAAGAUUGUGGACACAUAGUUAAAGAAAACUGGGAGGAAUCAGAUAGAAAAGGAGCUAAUAUGGCGGAAAAAUUAAAAGCUGUCUUGGUUGCUUUGGAGAAGUGGAGCAGGAAAGAGUUCCCAAAUUGCAAGUACCAAAUUCAGAGGCUUCAACUUGAGCUCCAGAGGAUCACAAAUGGUCGUAACUUACCUGUGGAUAGAAGUAUCCAGAAAGAGAUUACUGCUCAAACUGAAAAUUUGUGGUGGAGGGAAGAAAUGUACUAG